AUGGCGAUAUUCCACACGGGACCACCUGAGGCUGAGAAAAAGCCAGGGGAAAGCAACAACCCGAAUGUCUGCGAGACAGACGAUUCUAUCACCAAAUCUGAUUCGGAGUCGGGGGCAACUGGGACUACAGGAUGGAUUUUCCUGAUGACUGUCGUGGCUUUGGCUCUCAGUAUGUUCUUGGUCUCUCUAGAUAUGACGAUCGUUGCAACGGCCAUACCUAAGAUAACGGACGAGUUUGGCGGUAUUGGGCUGGUAGGCUGGUAUGGGUCUGCAUUUUUCAUAACCUUGGGAAGUUUCCAGGCUUGUUGGGGGAAGAUCUACAAGUAUUUCCCUCUCAAGCCCGCGUUCCUCAUCUCCAUUGUUCUCUUUGAGGUGGGAAGUUUGAUGUGUGGUGUUGCAAAGAAUAACACCACAUUGAUCGUUGGUCGUGCCAUCACUGGCAUUGGUGGUGCCGGAAUCUCGUCCGGCGCAUUUACAAUCAUUGCCUUAUCGGCCCCACCCAAGCAGCGACCGGCAUAUAUUGGAAUCCUCGGUGCUUCAUAUGGAAUAGCUGCGGCCGUCGGACCUCUCCUGGGAGGAGCAUUCACAAGCCAUGUUUCCUGGCGGUGGUGCUUCUACAUUAACCUUCCGAUUGGAGGCGUCGCUGGGGGGAUAAUUCUCUUCCUGUACCGUGCUCCGCCACCACUGCCGUUCCUGGGAGAGCCACUAGUCGAAAAGAUCCUUCAGCUAGACUUUCCCGGGACGUUCAUCCUCAUCGGAGCCUUGAUCUGCUAUGUGCUAGCUCUUGAAUGGGGCGGAAUUUCGCUGCCAUGGAGUGAUUCGAAAGUUGUUGGGACACUGGUGGGCUUUGGUGUCUUGCUAGUUGUGUACUGCAUUGUUCAAUGGCGCGAGAAAGAGCGGGCAGCAAUGAUCGGCCGUAUACUCGGCGAGAGAAAUGUGUUCAUUCCGAUGAUCUAUAUUCAUCUUCUGGCUGGUACAUUCUUCCUCCUGGUUUACUACCUGCCGAUCUAUUUCCAGGUCAUUUCUGGAGUCUCUGCGGCCGACAGUGGAAUCCGCAAUCUGCCACUAAUUCUUGCUCAGAGCGUUGCGACUGUCACGUCCGGCGUUGUCCUCAGUCGCGUCGGAUACGCACCGCCAUUUCUGCUUUCCGGUGCAGCUAUCACGGCGAUCGGUUCUGGGCUUUUGUACACUUUGGAUGUUGACUCGGGGGCUGGCAAAUGGAUCGGCUACCAGAUCAUGACUGGCCUGGGUGUAGGAUGGUGUUUCCAGGUCCCUGUUGUCACUGCACAAGCCGUCGUAGAACCUGAGGAUUUGCCUUCCGUAACCUCGAUGGUCCUGACUGUUCAAACAAUCGGUGGCGCUAUCUUCGUCUCGGCUGGUCAGUCAGCAAUGUCAAAUGUCCUCCUCAAGGUUCUCCCUGAUCAAAAUCUCGACAUCGAUCCGGUCAAAGUCGUGUCCACCGGCGCUACUGAGUUACGAGACAUAUUCUCGUCGGACGAGAUGGGGAGAAUUCUUGUUUCAUACAUGGAGGGAAUCAAGGCCGCGUUCAUAAUUGCUACUGUUGCAUCCAGUGUGGCUACGGUGGUGUCUAUUGGUAGUCGGUGGAAAAAGAUAUCGGCGGAGAAUGCAGGCGGUGCGAUGGCUUGA